GGGAUGGCUUCUUCAAUAAUAUGAAUUUCAUUGAAAAGACAUAUAGCGGGCUAUUCUUUCGGUUAUUUCCUUAAUGAUAAUAGUAUCCUUAUGCAUGUUUGAAAUCCAGGCUUUGUUCGAUAACAACGUUGUUAGAGUGCUAAAGAUUGAACAAAUGGAUCCACAUGAGAAAAUACAAAUUAACAUUGAUAUUGAUUUCCCGGCAACCCCUUAUGAUGUCAUUUCCCUAGACAUUCAAGAUGAGAUGGGCACACACAUGGUAAAUGUAAAAGACUCGAUCAAAAAGCUUUUGAAACAGGUGAAGGGUGUAAUAUAAUAGGAGAUAUUAGUGUCAACAGAGUUCCUGGGAAUUUCCAUAUUGAAUCCCAUGCUUAUAUGCAACUUCUGGCCAUGCUUGGUCAGCAGAUUAACCUCACUCAUACUAUUCAUAAUCUUAGUUUUGGAAAUAAGAGAGUACUUAGAUCUGUUCAGAAAAAAAUUUAAGGAUAAAACUGGAGAAUUUAAAUAUCUUAUUGGCCAUAAAGAAAUAUCAGAGGAGUUAGGAACAAGCACAAAUUAUCAAUUAAAUCUUGUCCCUACUCUCUACAGAGACAAUUUUGGGUUCAAGCAUUCUGUCGUCUAUCAAUAUACAUAUACUGUAGGGUCUGAAAACAUUGGUAACAAAGUUGUAUAUUUCAAAUACUUCAUCAAUGGGAUUACAGUAGAUUAUAUGCAAACAGCAGAUACGUUCCUCCAAUUUAUCAUCAGAAUCUGAACCAUUAUCGGAGGAGUCUUCACUAUGUUUCAUAUCUUGAGUGUAAUGCUGAACAAAUCAAUAAAUGUGCUCUACAAGGAAAGAAUUGGAAAGAAAGAUUAAUAAC